UCCGCAGAAUGAACAAUAUUUGUAGACUAACUCUGCUUCAGCUUCUAAUAGCAGCUUCCUUGGCCAAGAAGCUAGUGAUUGUAUGGAAGACAUUCGAUUGUGUGAUAAAUCCAGAAAUCAUCCCAUCCCAUAGAUGCAUCAUCAUUGAACCCGAUAAAAAUCUGCUUACAGCCGAGAUAGAAUACAAUCGCGAUUUUAAGCACUAUAAUGCUAGCUUUGCAUUGCACUUGCCUCAACCGCCGUUUAAUGAAUUCACCAAGCACUUUGAGACGGAGAUUGAUAUUUGCGAGUUCUUUCGAGGAUCGUAUAAGAACAAGAACUUUAUUGGCCCCGCCUACAAAAGCAUGACAAGGAUUAGCAAUAUGCCUAAAGGAUGUCCACAGCGAAAGGGGCUUUACUACUAUCGCAACAUGAGCAUUGCAGAUAAUAUUCCAGCGUUUUUGCCAAGGAAUCCCAUCAAAAUCACACUGGAUUUCUAUUUGCUCAAGACUCCGAUUUUAAAUGUGACUCUAAUCGGACGUCUGGCAUAUACUACCAAGCACAAAAAGAAGCCUUAAGUGCUU